UUAAAGGUGAUUGGGUUUGGAACUUUUUGCGAACGUCUUGCCUUUUAAGUGACACCCAAGCCCAGAAUAUUUUCACCUUACCCAACUCCACCACCACAUGCUCCUCCUCCUCCUCCUUUUCCUCCACCGCCAUUGCCGCCAGUUCUUUCUCUUUCUCAAGAGCUGAACAUUAUUCCAAAAAAACACUAACACCCAAAAUAAAAGAAGAGGAGGAGGAGGAAAGGAAGAACAGCAUAAGUUUGGAUCUUUAUCUUUAAAUCUGAACCAACUUUUUGUUAUUAUUCUAACUCGCUGUAGAAGCUACAUUUCUGAAGGUAAUAAAGAGGAUUUAAGUGAUGGACCGCCGCUGGCCUUGGAAGAAAAAAUCAUCUGAUAAAGGUGAUAAAGCUGCUGCGGCGGCGGCUGCUGCAGCGGAUGCUGCUGCUGCUACUUUGGCUUCAGCUGCAUCUCAAGGCGAUCAGGAGACCUACAAAAAACCAAAGUAUGUUCAAAUUUCAGUGGAAUCAUAUUCACAUCUCACUGGCUUGGAGAAUCAAGUGAAAACAUAUGAGGAACAAGUUCAGACAUUGGAGGAUGAGAUUAAGGACUUGAAUGAAAAGCUGUCUGCAGCCGAUUCAGAGAUUAGUACCAAGGAAGACCUGGUGAAACAGCACACUAAAGUUGCAGAAGAAGCAGUCUCUGGUUGGGAAAAGGCUGAAGCAGAAGCCUUGGCAUUGAAAAAUCAUCUGGAAUCUGUCACGCUUUUGAAGCUCACUGCUGAAGAUAGGGCAUCCCAUUUGGAUGGUGCUCUUAAAGAGUGCAUGAGGCAAAUCCGAAAUCUGAAGGAAGAACAUGAACAGAAGUUGCAAGAUGUGGUAAUUAGCAAAAACAAGCAAUGUGAAAAGAUUAGGCUUGAGCUUGAAGCUAAGAUAGCUAAUUUAGACCAAGAACUUCUUAAAUCUGAAGCUGAAAAUGCAGCAAUUACAAGGUCUUUGCAAGAACGUGGUAACAUGCUGAUCAAGAUUAGUGAAGAAAAAGCACAAGCUGAGGCUGAGAUUGAGCAUUUGAAGGGUAACAUUGAAUCAUGUGAAAGGGAAAUAAAUUCACUGAAGUAUGAACUCCAUGUAGUUUCCAAAGAGCUAGAAAUUCGUAAUGAAGAAAAGAAUAUGAGCAUGAGGUCUGCAGAAGUAGCUAACAAGCAACAUAUGGAGGGUGUCAAAAAAAUAACAAAGCUAGAAGCAGAGUGCCAAAGAUUGCGUGGUCUUGUGCGGAAAAAGUUGCCUGGUCCUGCUGCACUUGCCCAAAUGAAGCUAGAGGUUGAGAGUUUAGGACAGGAUUAUGGAGAUACUCGGCUAAGGAGGUCUCCUGUACGGCCUUCUACUCCACACCUGUCCACAGCGACUGACUUUUCCCUUGACAAUGCACAGAAAUCCCAGAAAGAGAAUGAGUUUCUCACAGAACGUUUAUUGGCAAUGGAAGAAGAAACAAAGAUGCUGAAGGAAGCUUUGGCAAAGCGUAACAGUGAGCUACUGGCUUCUAGGAAUCUGUGUGCUAAGACAUCUAGCAAGCUUCAAACUUUAGAAGCGCAACUUGUCAUCAGCAGCCAACAGAGAAGUCCAUCGAAAGCUAUUGUUCCGAUUCCUGCAGAAGUUUACUCAAGUCAAAAUGUUAGCAAUCCACCAAGUGUGACUUCUGUGUCUGAAGAUGGAAAUGAUGAUGACAGGAGCUGUGCUGAGUCAUGGGCAACAGCUUUGAUGUCUGAGCUCUCUCAAUUCAAGAAGGAAAAGAAUGUUGAGAAGCCAAAUAAAACUGAAAAUGCAAAGCACUUGGACCUUAUGGAUGACUUUCUGGAGAUGGAGAAGUUGGCUUGUUCUUCAAAUGAUUCAACUGCAAAUGGUACAAUCACCAUUUCAGAUUCUACAAACAAUAAGAUAUCUGAAUCUGUUAAUGGUGAUGCUUCAGGGGAGAUUUCUUGCAAGGAACUCCAGUCCGAAAAGCAGCAUGUUCUGUCUCCAUCAGUAAAUCAGGUAUCUUCUAAUAUGGAUUUAUCAGUAGUGUAUCCUGAAUCUGAUGCAGACCAAUUGCCAGUUAUGAAACUUCGAACAAGGCUCUCUAUAGUGCUUCAGUCAAUGUCUAAGGAUGCUGAUGUGCAGAAAAUUCUGGAGGACAUCAAACGUGCUGUGCAGGAUGCACGUGACACCCUAUGCGAGCACUCUGUAAAUGGUGUCUCUGAGGAAGUGCAUGGUUCUGAUGGCACUUGCAUCGGGCAGGCUCAUAAUGGAGUUGGUAGUUUAACUGCAGAGAAGGAAAUUGCUAUAUCUCCAGGUGAUAAGGUGGCUUCAGAAAUUGUGCAAACUGUAAGUCAAGAAUUAGCUGCUGCGAUUUCUCAGAUUCAUGAUUUUGUACUGUCCCUGGGAAAAGAAGCAAGGGCAGUUGAUGACAUAUGUUCUGAUGGCAAUCGAUUAAGCCACAAAAUUGAGGAGUUCUCUGUUACCUACAAUAAGGUCUUAUGUAGCAAUGUGAGUUUGACUGAUUUCAUAUUCGAUCUUUCUACUAUUUUAGCCAAAGCCAGUGAUCUAAGAGUCAAUGUUCUGGGCUAUAAGGAUAAUGAAGAGGAAAUCAACAGUCCUGAUUGCAUUGAUAAGGUUGUUUUACCAGAGAAUAAGGUGAUUCAACAGGAUUCAUCAGGUGGACGAUAUCAAAAUGGCUGUGCCCACAUUUCAAAUCCUACUUCCAAUCCUGAGGUUCCUGAUGAUGGAAACCUGGUCUCUGACUAUGAAUCAAAACAAUCAAGAAAAUUCUCUUCAGAAGAGUUUGAAGAAUUGAAGUUGGAGAAAGAAAACAUGGCAAUGGAUCUUGCUCGCUGUACCGAAAAUCUGGAGAUGACUAAAUCCCAAUUACAUGAAACUGAGCAGCUUCUAGCAGAAGCUAAAUCUCAAUUGGCUUCUGCUCAAAAGUCAAAUAGCUUGGCUGAGACACAGCUCAAGUGCAUGGCAGAGUCUUAUAGAUCACUUGAAACACGCGCAGAUGAGUUAGAGACUGAGGUGAACCUUCUCCGUGUAAAAAUAGAAACUCUGGAAAAUGAGCAUCAAGAUGAAAAGAGAAGUCAUCAUGGCACUUUAGCCAGAUGUAAGGAACUAGAAGAGCAAUUGCAAAGGAAUGAGAACUGUUCUGCUUGCGCUGCUGCAGCUGAUAAUGACCUCAAGAACAAGCAGGAGAAAGAAUUAGCAGCUGCAGCAGAGAAACUAGCGGAGUGUCAAGAAACCAUAUUCCUUCUUGGCAAGCAAUUGAAGUCUUUGCGUCCUCAGACAGAUAUGAUGGGAUCUCCAUACAACGAGAGGAGCCAAAAGGGUGAAGGUCUCCUUGAGGAUGAACCAACUACCAGCGGCAUGAACUUGCAAGACUUAGAUCAGACCGAGAUAGACACUGCUGCUUCUGGCAAUGCAAGCAGAGGAGGUGCGGAGUCCCCCAUGGAACCACUUAUCUCGCCGAGCAGCCCAUCUGAUACUGAUGCAAACCUUUUGAGAUCACCAAUCAAUUCAAAUCAUCCAAAACACAAGUCUACCCUGUCAAGCUCUUCAUCUUCCUCUUCUACCCCAACGCCGGAGAAACAAUCACGAGGGUUUAGCAGAUUCUUUUCCUCCAAAGGGAAGACUGGUCAUUAAGCCUGCAGCUCAUGGGCAUAAAAGUUGAUGAUUGAGGAGGCCACCUAAUAAUAAUUAGAAGAACCAAAGUUUAGAAACCUCAUACCCCUUUAUUUGAUGCUAGAAGAACCACUUUGUGGGGAGGUUCUCUACUUUAGUAGCUGAAAGUCUUUUCUUGGGUUUCACAUUGUGAAGUAAUGCUUUGGACGUCGAAGUAAUUUUUGUAACUAAUGACUGUAUAUGGUAUCCAUAUCUGUUACUAUUUUUUUUUCCUCCCUUUCAAUUCCCUUUGUAAUUUGCCCAAGUGAAUGUGACAUAGUUCCUAAACUGUUCAAUAUAUUUUGAAUAUAUUGUAUGUUGCAGUUUUAUUAAA